AUGACUACCUCAACAACAAAUAUUGAAUCUGAAGCAACAAAUGGUAUUAUGAAUGAUGAAAAUCUUUCAUUUGAUACAAAUCAAAUAUCAUCCGAUGAACAACUUUCACAAAUAAUUGAUUCAAUUAAUCUUUCAACUGCAUGUGAAGAUACAAAUACUGAUGAAUCCCAAACAAAAUCAUCAACAACCACAACUCGUACAUCAGGACAAACAGCAAUUGGUGCUAAACUUGUUAAAAAAUUAGAAACAUUUGCUGCUACUUCAAAAGAACCUAAACCAACUAAUAGUAAAACAUCAACAACAACAACAACAGCAGCAGCGGCAGCAAGUAAUGCAACUUCUUCAACAACGAACAAUGAAUCUGAAUCACGUCGAAAUAUUACUAAAGCUGCUAUUGAAACUCGUACUGUAACUAAACUUGUUCCAUGUCUCAAAAGUUAUGACCAUCUUGUUAAAGUAUGGUCACACAAUUGUUCUAAUGGUCGUCGUAUAUGUCCAAUAUAUGAACACAGAACGGAAUAUUAUCGAAGUGAACAAACAGUAACAAAAGAAGUAAAUGCGACCAUCUAUCACUGCUGUCUUGGAUGGACACGUCUCAUUCAUGAUUAUGGUUGUCCUAUUGGUAAGAAUUCAUUUGUCUCUGAUAAAAAAUAUUAA